AAAAUGUUUUUGAGCGAUACUUUUCUUUUCCCCUCCCCCUUUUUUUUUCUUCUUUUUUUUCUUUAAAUAGUGCUGUUUGUUUAAAAUAGUUCAUGGCCAAUAUUGAAGAGCUCAACGUCCCAUUUGACCCCUUUGCUGAUGUUGAUGAAAAUACAACACAACCUACAAAUAGAAACAUUCACUUGCGUAUUCAACAAAGAAACGGACGUAAAACAGUAACAACUCUUCAAGGACUUCCCAAAGAAUAUGAUGCUAAAAAAAUCUUAAAGGUAUUCAAAAAAGAAUUUGCCUGUAGUGGCAAAGUUGUUGAACAUGAAGAGUUUGGUGAUAUUCUGCAACUGGCUGGCGACCAAAGACUUAAAAUUGCUGAAUUUUUAGUCAGCGAAGGCAUCGUCAAGAAGACAGAGAUCAAGAUUCACGGUUUUUAAAUAUACCAUAUUGUAUACCAUAUUGUAUAUCAUUUAUAUCUAUGCCGAUUUGAUUUCAUAAAAUAACCGCAGUUUUUUUUGUACCACUUGUUUAAAAAAAGUGUGAGAAUAAAGGAGAGCAUA